ACUCCACAUCUAUAUAGGGUGUCCGAAAAUUAUGUAUAAUAUGUUUCAACUUCUAGAAAUUCAACCGAUUGUUGCGUGUUUAUUUGACGCUGCGACAUUGUAGGAGACAUGCGGAUAUUAGUCCAUCUCGCUUCCUCGUUCCGCAGUGUGGCGCGUUAUCACAUCGCCCACGCGGCGAGAUGUGCGAGCGACACAGUGAUUUUUUGCGCGUCCCUCAGUCAGUCGCUCGGUCUCGUUGAUUAUACACUGCAUGCGGACAAGUGGACCCGCGCGGCGGACGUGUUAACACAGUGCGCCCGUGGUUGUCGUUGCGUCAGAGCGUGCAGUGAGUGGGUCUGAGUGCGACAGAACGGCGCAGCGAAGGGAGACCGCUUGGGACGAAGACGCGUGCCGCGUGCUCCUGCUCGCGCCGACACCGAUUUGUGAUUGGCUGGCGGUCGCCGCACGCGUACCACGCAGCCGUGUGUGCUGCUGCCCGCUGCUGCUUGUGUGUUGCUGCGUGCCCUUGCGCUUCUGCUCAGAUCGCUCAAACUCGAACGCGCAGCGAGACGCGCCAUUUGCUAAACAAUUCCACACGCUCGUCAUGGCAGUGAUGAACGUUUCUUAAGUUUGCAAGUUUGGGGGGCCUAUAACAUUAAGUAAUCAAGUUGCAAGUUCACGCCACAAGAAUACAAGACAAGUGAUAGGACACGAUUCGCAUAUUGCCAUUGGACGCUUUGCCGGGAACAUUGUAACGUCCGCAAUCCGCUGCAAUGAUGGAUGAACUGAAACAAGAUUACUGUGAAAAGGAUUUUGAGCCCAUUGAGGAGUUUGGUCUAUCAGGAACCAUUUUUGGGGAUGGUGUCAAGAGCAGCAGUUCUAGUCCACUGGAGAAUGCCUUGUUGGGCGAUCCAGACAAUUGCCGCUUGUGCAGGGGACCAUUGGUUGUUCCAAGAUUGCUGUCUUGCCUACAUGUGUUUUGUGAGCAAUGCUUGGAUAUGAAGCUGAUGGAUGGGGGUGGUGAUGCUGGCUGUACAACUACAGUUAUUUGCUGUCCAAUCUGUGAACAGGACACUAAUGUUGGCAUGAAAAAAUUAGCCUCAUUACCAUUGGACGUAAUGACGACCAACAUCUCUGACGUGACCAACAAUUCCAACUUGCAGUGUACCAGCUGCACCGCCAAGGAGGUGGCCGUGUCGCGCUGCUCGACGUGCCACAAUUUGCUGUGCAGUCAUUGCGAGAAAGCGCAUCACUUUAUGCGUCUGUUUGAGACCCACGUGGUGGUCUCUCUGGAUGAGAUGCGCGCCGAGGGUAAGAAAAUCACCAUCCAUAAGCCGUUGGUGUGCGCGCAGCACGCCGGCGAACAUCUUCUCUAUUACUGCGGCACUUGCGAGAUGCCCGUGUGCACUGAGUGCGUCAAGGUGGAGCACAACAGUGCCGCUGGCCACAAGUACGAGCAGAUUCUCGAGUCCGAACAGCGCGUUCGCGAAGAACUGCAGUGCUUGCUUGAUAAGACUAAGAAUGUCGCCGAGGGCAUGUUCAAAGCCUCUGGUGACUUGGACAGCGCUCUCGAGGAGCUUGCUAAUCAGAAGAGCACCGCCAAAGAUCUAAUUACCGAAUCCUACCAGAGCUACAAGGCUAUCUUGGAGCAAUGCUGCGAGGACACGCUCGGCCAGCUCAAUAAUUUGUAUCGCGACAGGGAACUGAAGAUUAUGGAUAUGACUCAGAAGGUUGGUAGAGAUACUGAGCUGUUGGAGGAUGCUUGCAAGUACGCUACACGCGUCCUCGAGGUCGGCACCGCUUCGGAGAUAAUGUAUCUGCGUAGUGUUGUCGGCAGCCAGCUCAUGAAGUUGAUUAAACAAUUGCGUAAACCCGAAUGCAACUAUUCGUUCGAAUUCGUCACUGAUAUUAAUGAGUUCGAAGCUGUGAUGAAGAAAGUUUUCGGUAGGUUUAAGACCGAAAAUAUUGCCCCGAUUGAUGCGGUGAUGGAAGAGCCUGUUGAGGUCAAGAAAGAGAAGCCGGUUAACUUGCCGAUGAUUCCAAUUCCGAAUGGAAACAUUCCCGAUGAUUCGCAGACCACCAGCAGCCCGAUAUCUCUGCCGACGUCGAUGCAAUCUUCAUUCGAUGGAGAUUUGAGCUCCAAUUUGCAAGGCUUGGCUCUGGCGUCUACUCCACCCAUUGCGCCAAUUAACUCCGCUGGUUUGCAAGGUUUUACCAGUAUUGCUGAAUACAAUAUAACUCAACUUGCCAGUUUGGCUGAGAAUGCCAAUACUGCGACAUCGCCGACUCAACCGCCGUUUUUGGCUGACUUGUUUACUACCGACACUGCAUUCAAGAAUCUCCAGUCGCUGGCGAAGCUUGGCGGCUUUAGCAAUGGAGAUCAUGGUAUUUCCAAUGGGGGUGGUAUGAUGAUGCGCGCCUCUUCACCGGCGUUGACUAAUAAUCUUCUCAAUGGGUUUGCUCCGUUGUCGACUUCCACUUCGCCGUUGUUGUCCACACCGGAUGAUAUUAUUCCUGAUGGAAUGGGUCAUCAAGCUGGUCGUGGACCACAGGUGCAGAGAGCUGGCAAGGUGUGCCCGAUGCAGAUACGCUGUAAAUUUGGGCAAUUGGGCGCUGGAAAAGGGCAGUUUAACUCCCCGCAUGGAUUCUGCUUGGGUUUAGAGGAGGAUAUUGUCGUGGCCGACACGAAUAAUCACCGAAUUCAGGUGUUUGACAAGAAUGGAACGUUCAAGUUUCAAUUCGGCGUGGCUGGAAAAGACGAGGGGCAGCUAUGGUAUCCGCGAAAGGUUGCUGUGAUGCGCUCAAGCGGCAAGUACGUUGUUUGCGAUCGCGGUAAUGAACGCUCGCGCAUGCAAAUCUUCACCAAGAACGGACAUUUCUUGAAGAAGAUCGCCAUCAGAUACAUCGACAUCGUUGCCGGACUGGCAGUGACCACCAACGGCGAGAUUGUCGCUGUGGACAGUGUCAGUCCGACUGUUUUCGUGAUUUCCGAAAACGGCGAUCUCAUUAGAUGGUUUGAUUGCAGCGAUUACAUGCGCGAACCGUCUGAUAUUGCUAUCCACGGCAAAGAGUUCUACGUUUGUGACUUCAAGGGUCACAACGUGGUGAUUUUCAGCGAGGAUGGCAAUUACAUCCGCCGCAUUGGUUGGGAUAACAUCACCAGUUAUCCGAACGGCAUCGACAUAUCCGACGCUGGCGACAUUCUCAUCGGCGACUCACACGGCAAUCGCUUCCAUGUCGCUGUAUUCAAUCGUGAAGGCGACCUCAUUUCGGAAUUCGAGUGCCCCUAUGUCAAAGUUUCUCGCUGUUGCGGUUUGAAGAUCACGUCCGAGGGCUACGUUGUCACCUUGGCCAAGAAUAAUCAUCACGUCUUGGUGCUCAACACGCUUUACAUUCUCUAAAUACAAGAUAACAAGAAAAACGAAGCCCUGCACGAAAAUCAACUAAUGAACUCUUCACACACACAUAAUUGCCGACCAGCGACAAGCGCCAUCCAACAAAAGCACUCUACCAACGGCAAGUAGUAUUUUUGAUCUCUUUUAUAUAUUAGAUUUAAUUAAUUUUUAUUCACAGAACUGAUUUUAUUUUACUAGUUGUUGAUUUGUUCUAAACAAAAAAAAUAUGAAAAAUGUUUGUUUACGCGUCGAAGCAUCGACACCCUCACUGUCGCUGUUAUUAUCAGCGAUGCUUGUUUAAAAUAUUUCAAAUUUCCAUAGUAGUCAAAUCGACAGAAUCUAUGAUUUUGCGCGACAACGUUAAAAAUUAUUAAUAUUUAAUUUCUAACGUUUUCGCCUAACCUAUGGAGUGUGAAAACAUAAUCACUUAAUUUAAACCGUAACAUAUAAUUUUAAAGCGAUACAAUUCAAGUGAGAACGAAAAGAUUUACAAUAUUUACAUGAACGAUUUUUAAUUCUACGAAACCACAUAAAGAAAAACACAAAAACAAUGUAGAUGAGGAUGAAUAUCGCGACCGUACACAAACAAAAAGCCAUGUGAAGUUUAAAUCCAAAGUUUACAUACACACAUACAUUCAUAUUCUACAUACAUACGUAUUUUAGCUAUGAAUUUACUAAAAUUGCCCCGAGAUGGGGCUGCAAUGUCAAAAUGUGUACACACGCAGAUUUUAACGUUUUUUAAAACUUGUUUUCUUUAUUUACAAUUCGUAAGAUUUGUUUUUUGAUAUGUUUUUAUAUAGUUUAACUUCAUGAGAAAUGUAAUUUUAAAUUACACACAUACAAACACACACACACACAAGCACACAUUUACUGCAAGGCAGACAAAGCGAGAUGAAUAAGGUUCCUACAUAUUUACACGUUAAUUAUAAUUAUUACUUUUAAGUUUUAUCAAUUUUUUGAUUUGUCAAUUAUUCGCGCGGAAAAUGCAAACCAACAAAAGUAAAAAGUUUGUGGGUGAGAUCGAGCUAAACGUUUACUAUAUAUUGAUGAUAAUUACUAUAAGCGAUAAUGAAAAUAAAUACAAAGAUAUUUCAUGUGCCAAUUACUAAAUUUUAAAGUUUCGAAUUGUUCAACACAAAAACAGCGUAAUACCAAAAAUUUGCACAUUAAUAAUUGAUGAAUCUCGGCGGGUGAUUGAUUUGCGUAGUGAUCACGAGUAUAAAUUUAAAUUUCCAUUUUGAAGAGCGCAUACCUGAAGUUUAAAAAGAAAAACAAACAAAAAAAAAACGGUAAUACGAGCACAAUCUUUUUGAUAUUAUACAAAACUACGAUUACAAUAUACUACUACAUACGUUUGUGACAUUUUUAUAUACACUUAUAUGUUUUGCGAUCGCCUAAUUGUUGUCUCUGAGUUUGGGAUUUCUGAUUACUUGCGCGAGACAGGAGUUUAUUAGUGUAAAACGGAGGGGAUUUGCAGCCGAAGUUUGAUCAAAAGUUGUGUUUGAUUGAAUGACUGCCGCAUAGUCUGGGCGUACACGAAACACAAACAACAACAAUCAUUCCGUUUAUUUAACUACUUUUAAUUUUUAACAUUUAAUAAUCAAAUAAAAUUAUUACGCGAACACAUAAUGUAUUUUAGUUUGUAAGUUUGUUGUUUUUUGUGAUUAUUUAUUUUUAUUUUUGAAGUUGAGAUCAAAUUAUUGAUUGAUAUGUUUAAUUAAUUUUUGAAUGCUUUUAUUUACAUAUUAAAUAUUAAAUUUAAUGCAACAAUCGACGAGAAGAGCAGAGGAGGAGAUGGAAGAUGAUGCGUGUGGUUGGGUGAAUGUUUUCAAUCAAAUUGAUUCAUCAGAUUUUCUAUUUACAUAUAUGAUACCUAGGCGUAAAUAUUUACAGGCGCGCUUUAAAAUUCAAAAUUCAUAUAUACGUACUCAGGUUGCUUAGGCGUUUCCUUAAAAAAUGUAAAUUUAGUCCAGGCAGAUGAGGAAUGUGGAUAAUCGUAAAAGACGCGUGCAAAUAUCAAAUUUUCAGGAUGUUAGCGUUAGACUUGUGUAAAAAGAAAACGAUAAAGUUUGAAAACUUAGGGGGCGGUGUGAGAAUGAUUGAAGGAAUACAAAUAAUAGCAUUAUACAUUGUGCCAUCAUCCGUAGCUGUUUUUAAUUGUAGGGUACUAAAAAUUUUAAGAAUGUUAUUUGAUUAUUUAUCUUCAUACAAUUGUAUCUACUAUGUCUACGCACUAGAGCAAGUACGAUCGACGAUAACUAAACAAAACAAAAUGAUAUAUACACACGUACAGUUAUAUCAGCCUAAUAUUGAGUAACAAUACGAGGGAAGGAAGAAGCGCCGCUGUAUUAUUAAUUAUUGAUUUACUUACCAAAAUGAUUUGUGUUGAGUACAAGCGUGAAUGUGCUGUGAAUGAUUGGACAUUUUGAAAUGUUCUCGAGUAAAUGUACGUUUGAUUGUGGUAUAUAAUUGUUCUUCAAAAGAAAAAAAAAAUGAAAAUACAAAAAAUAUCACCGUGACUGCUUGCAGGUUAACACAAAAGUUUCCAAUCCAAAGAAAACAACCAAAAUUUUAAUUAGAGCGACAUGUAAUGUAUGAGAAGUGCGAUAAGUUUUAAUUUUGAAAUAUUCGGUGUUUGAAUAAAUUAGAAUCGAAAUGUAAGCAGCCACGGCGAACCGCGCCUGUGAUAAUAGUAUCUUCAGGAUAAGUUGUGACCUUAGUCUGUCGUUGUUAUUUUGCGCGCCGCACGACUUGCGCAACAUGACAUUAACUAUUCUAAUGAGUGUUAAACGUUGCACGUUUGGCAGCGCGGGCGCGUUUUGCCCCUAAACCGACCUGCAACGUUCCAAGCAUGAUUAUUACAUUUUUAGUGCGACGCGCAAGAAAUAUUUUUAAAUAUAUUACGAUAUUUAUGUAUAUAUUAUAUACAUGUAAAGAGAUGCAUACAAAAUGAAGCAAAAACUAAUUGAGACACAAAAACAAGAGCUACAGUCAUUCAAUAUUUAAAAAUUGUAGUAUUGAUACAUAUAUCAAAGAGUCACAGUCGAAAAUCGAGUUUGUGGGACAGUUCAAGGAGACACGGCAUUGAAGCAAACUAAAUUUUAAACUAUACAAUAUUACAAUUAAUAUCCGUACCUCUUAUAAUACACGAUUAUAUUAUUAGUAUGUAAUAACAUAGCAUACAAAUGAAAAACUUUACAAAUUUACUUGUGAUGUCAAUUUUAUCUCUUGAACAUGAUGGCAAAGAAGAAAAAAUGAGAAAAACACAAAAAAAACAUUAGAUAUUAGUUGGUACUAACAUGCAAAACUAUUUACAAUUAAAUAAUGAGUGCGGCGGCACGCUCGCAUUCUGCAUGAUUAUUGAUUGAAUUAAUUUUCAAGCGAAGUAACAAUAAGCAAAAUGAAGUCAUUCGAAAGUCAUUUUACAACUUAUACAAUUACAAAAUGUGUAUUUACAAUUAUCGUAUGAUUCAUAUUAAGGUAGAACGAAACUGAUUUAUUUUUUAUUUAAUUGUUUAACAAUGUUUCUUUAUAUAUAUAUACAUACAUAAUAUACAUACAUUAUUUUCUCUAGAUUAAGUUCGAAACUAACAAAUAUGGCGAAUUGGUGAGGCAAUAUUAAGAUUAGUCGGUUCGUUUGGUGUUUUAUUUUACAAAUCAAGAUGAAAGAACUUAAUAAUGAAACAAAUAGUGAGGCGAUGCAUAAUAAAUUUAGUAGUUAAGUCACCCACACACAUACAUAUUUUAUGAAGUUGCGCGCUGAUUUGGCGUCCACUCAAAUUAUCAAGAAACAAAAUUGAUUAUCGUAAUGGAAUCGCUUUUGAUUUACAAUUUACAUUCACAUAAUGUAACACACGAAGUAAAGCGUUAGAAGGGAGUCCAUUUAAAACAAAAACCUGUAACAUGUUGUUGUUGACUUAUUGACAUGGCAUCGACAUAUUUUUCUCGCCAAAGACAAUUAAUAAACGUUUACAUAUUGUACUAUUAACUACUAUGUGUAUGAGAAUGCAGAAAAUUGAAACAAAUCUUCAUAUACAUAUAUACAUUUACAUUUUAUCAAAGAAAAUGAGAAGCAUUUGCUCACUUACUAUAGAAGUUUAAAAAGUAGGAAUCAAGGAAUCAAAACGAGUGUUGGAUGUUUCUUUUAAUAUCUAUGAAAAUCUCAAUAAUGCACUCUUACGAAUCCACACCCACACCAAAAUAUCAAGUUGCUUUCGAAUUGAAGUUGAUGAUAUACUUGCUAUAUUCCUCACGUUUUGGGAACCUACGCGUUACUACGAAUGUUAAUAAUUAGAUGUAUUUCCACUAGGACUCUAGGACUAAUUCUUACUGAAAGGUUGUUGCACGCCGGAAGUAUAUUCCACGCAAUAUCGCAAUAUUAGACACACUUUCUCUCAACAUCCGCAUGUUUAUGACAUACAUACAAUUUUUCCCGAAUGUUGAUAAUAUUAUACGACACAGACACAAACUUAGGACACGACUACCACUACCUUUCAAAUAUAUUCAAAAUAUGAAACAUGUAUAACUUUAAUGUGAUAGAUUUUUGAUGAUUUUUACAAUCGCUAACAGUCUCAUAAUUGAAAUGUUUGACAAAAUAUUAAAUGUUAUCAUGAAUCGUGUACAAAGCAGCGACGGGCGGUAGGAAAGCGAUGGUGUGAAUUUAAGAUGAAGUCUAAAUAUUUAAAAAGUCACCUGAGAAAAACAAACAAAAUGCAAAAAAAAGAGGAAACGAGAGUGGAGAGGAGAAAAUAUUAAACGUUUUUAGAUACUCGUAUUUUCGCCAUGUAUACACACAUACAAAAGUUAAUAUUUAUAAAUUAUACAUUUAUUAUUCAUUGAUUGAUUUGGAUAUUUACAAGAUUGGUGUAAAUCUAAUGUGGGUGUUUGUUGAAUCAUUUAAUAAUGACAAAAAAGCAAUCGCAAAUAACGAAAAACUAAAGAAGGCGUGAGGAAGCUGUUUGGAAAGUUAUUCAAAUUCAAGCUUAAAGUUUAACUAUAGCAAUAAGUAUUUCACGAGAGAAGAAAAUCAGUAUUUAUCGUAAAAAUUACAACAUUAAUGGAACAUGAAUUGACAAUGUAUAGUUGACAAAUUUAGCCAGACGUGUUGAACAUGUAGUUGUUAUCCUAGUUGGUUUUAUAUGAAACAUCCUAAAAUGCUAACUAGUUUCUCGAUGAGUUGCUUGAAUUCUUUCGAAACUUGCGAAAUAAUAUCAACACCGGUUUUACGAAAACGCAAUGAAAAAAAAAAAGAAAAAUUUUAUUCUAAAAUUGAACACUGAAUUAGACGGUUUUCUAGAUGACGCUCUGUACAAUCAUUUUGAAACGACCAUAUAUAAUAUAUCUAUACACCACUUAAAAGAAUAAUAAUAAUAUUUACUAAUGUAUAAAGAAAGUAAAGAUACCUUAUCUACCUUACCUCAUAAUGCAACUUAUUAUCCAAACCAAUUGAAUCUAAGUAAAAUAUAUUCACUGCGUCGUGACGCGCGCUGGCGUGGGUUCUUAUUAAUUAAUUGGUUUCUUCAAUGAACGGUUGUGAGCCCCAUUGAUGUAUCGAUGCAAAUCAAGAGUAUUUUUUGCCCCCGUUUGGUUGUUGCGAUGCGAUAAUAAGAGGAAGAUAUCUAUUUGCCACAUGCCCCUAUUUUUUACGUGUUUUUUCAAAGUUGUCUUAGAUAUCGUAGUAUUAGGUGGGAGAUGGUAGUGUCGUGUUUUGAAAGCAGAUUGUGCAAUAACUGCAAAUACGAUGAGUGAACAUCAUGAAAUUAAAACAAUAAUUCUACAAAUGUUGUAACCAGAAAUGAAUCAAAAUUUUGGCGGAGUUUAGUUGUACGUUCGUUAUUUGUGUGGUGUAAAUGGAAAUAAAACUGCAUUUUAGUCAGGAAAGUACAAAUUUAACACUAAAAGAAAUGAAUAUUUUUGAAGAGUCGUGUGAAUUACUACAAAUUAAAUUAAAGGAGUCGUUAAUUAAAAUAAAUUGAUGUAUGUAUUUUAGUGUGUUUGCAUAGAUGUUAAAAAAGUUUCAACGAUUCUGAUAUUCGGAUUUUAGUUUUUGUCGAGUUGUAUAUGCGUCGUUUAGUUUGUAAACUUUGCAGUACGUGUAACGAGAAUGUACGAUUGUAGAAUUUAGAGUAAAAUACGAUGUAAGAAGCUCUUGUUGAUUAAGUCAUAUUGUAAACGUUGCAAACAUAUCAUUUUGACGAUUUUCAUGUAUAAUUUUCUAGCAAACUUUACGGAAUUUUAAAAUAACUAAUAGCUGUCGUUGAUAGUCGUUUUUAUCGAAUUUCUAAGUCGCCAAUUACGAAUUGCUUUGAGAAGAACAGCCCGGAUUGAAGUUGACAACAACGCGCCAAUUGCAACUUAUUAAUUACCAUAUACAUAAUUAAUAUAUUGACAAGCACGUGUUUCUCCAUCAAAGAAUAUUUAAUAACAAGCAAAAAAAAACUUCCAAAAUCCAAAUUGUCGUAGAAUUUUACUUGGUUGUGUUUGGACGAUGCAGGAAUGACAAAAUUUGCGAAUAAGUUUAGAACGAAUAAGAAUUUAACAAUGCAACCAAAUUGAAACUUGGCUCUUUGAAGACACCAAAAUGAACUUUUUUGAAUUGCCGUAUAUACUGUUGACGAGUUUACAUGUAUACACAUUCACGCAAAUUUGCGUGUGAAAUGAAAUUCAAAUGAAAACAUCCAAAGAUUUUAUUGCCAUUUCUACGAUUAGCGUUUGCUAGUGGUUGCUCGCACUAGUAUGCAAAAACUAUAUACCUAAGUGUAAUUGUAAUCUCUUGAUAUUUACAAGUUUCCAUUUUACAAUUAUUACAAAUUUCUUAAGAUAACUACCGACGAAUCGUGGCAAAAAAGCAACAUUCAAACGCAUGUGCAUUAAUAUCUCGCGCUACACACAUAGAUGGAGACAAAUUGAAGAUCUUCUGCAGAUCUCCGGUAGCAAUUGUUCGAGUAGAAAGGCUGGCCUGCGCAUAUUAAAUCCGCUUGUUUUACCUAUCUAACAAUCUUGACUUUUCUAGAUUUUAAGAAACAAUUUGAAACGGAUUUUUAAAAGUUGAAAGAAAGACCGAAACAAAAGGCAUCUAAUUGAUUGAGCUGAAAGCGCUUGAUGUAAGAAUUGAUAAAGAAAUCGCGUCUAUUUACACGUUAGCCAAACAACAAGAGAUUUAAUUGGGAUUGGCGACGAAAAAACGAAUACAUGUCAAAGCGGAAGAAUAACUAAACGCUACUUACUGGUCGUCCGGUCCUUUUCUUAUCUAUUACUUUACAACUCCGACUUUAUCCUGCUAUAUUGCACAGUAAUUUUGAUUUUGGUUUUGUUACUGCUUCUCCGAAACUUAUUGUUUCUCAUUUUUUGAUAAUUUUUCAUUUUGUAUACCAUUCUUCGUAGACUUGUUGUUUACACCUUUUUUUUUCUUUCUAUAUCUUUAAAACUAAUUGUUGUUAGUUUCUUCUUUACCUUGUAAGAUAAACAAGAUGAAUCAAAAACGGGGUGUUUUCGCGGACAUUGGAAAUGAACGAACGAAACGGAAAUACUAAGCAUGAAUCGCAAAUACAAUAAACACAAUGGUUAUUCAGGGUUAUAAUUCGGAAGCCGUUUUAUUUAUUUAUCAUGAGAGCGCCUAAGAAUCGACGAGCGACGUGCACGAAUACACGCAACUUUGAUGAAGAUGAUGCGUCGCGAGACGAUUGCAAUGGCGAGUUAACGAAAUGGCUUCGGAAGAAAUGUAUUUUUGGAUGCAGUUUAUUUGGUUAUUAUUGCAUAUUACGUAUUAUAUGAUGUACUAUUAAUUGAUACGGCAUAUUUUGCAAAUUAUUCAUGUACCUAUUACUAUACUAUUACCAUUAUAUCCGAUCAUACGGACGCAACCAAAUUUAAUUGUGUGGGCGUUUUUAUUGUCUUAUUGAUAUUUAACAAUUAGAAUGAACGUUGGUUGAUUUGCGCAUUACUCCCGAGGGGGUUGGCGGAUUGACCAACGAAUGAAUACGAUGUGUACCUUAUUUCUAUAGAAUAGUAGAGUUACGAGCGUAGUAAUGAAGUGCUAAACGAAUGCGAUCUUGCAUAACUUGAAAUGAAACGAAAAUGCAAGAGUUACAAUAUUACGAUCAGAAAAUUGUGGAGAUCACAACAAAAAAAAAAGCAAAAAUUACUUUAUAAAAACACAAAAAAUUUAAUAAUAUGUAUAUGUACUGUACUGAUGACGAUUUUAUGGUUGUUACUUUGUAAGUUUUUUUGGUUUUUUAUUUAAAAUAAAUAUUUACAAUUACAAAA